UAGGACAUGGUGACCUUCCCUGAUGUGGCUGUGAGCUUCUCCUCUGAGGAAUGGCUGUACCUGAGCACCUCCCAGCGGAAGCUCUAUAGAGACGUGAUGCUGGAGACCUACGAGGACCUGCGGGCAGUAGGGUAUUGUGGGAUGAAGCCUGCACUGAUAUCCUGGCUGGAAGGAGGAGCUCUGGGUAGGCUGCAGAGAGACAUGUUUUCAGAACCAAAGCUGGAAAUCCAUCCAUGUCCUUUCUGCUCUCUCAUCUUCUCACGUCAGAUCUUGCUCAAUUGCCACAUGAAGCGAAGUCAUUCCUCUCAAAUCCUCCCAGGAGCGUCUACAAAAAAGCACCCUCAGUCAGAGAAUUCCUAUACACGAGAUCAGAACCAAUGGCAGCAACAUUUGGAUCCAUAUAAUGACAAACCAAGGAAUGACAUACUUGAAAAUCAGAAGCCCCAUGUUUGCAGGGAGUGUGGUCGAGGAUUCAGGCAAAGAUCACAUCUCUUCAGUCACCAGAAGACGCACACAGGGGAGAAACCUCAUGUUUGCACAGACUGUGGGCGAGGCUUCAGUCGCAGAUCACAUCUCAUCACGCACCAGAGGACACACACAGGGGAGAAGCCCUAUGAUUGCAGGGAGUGUGGGCGAUGCUUCAGUGUGAGGUCACACCUCAUCACACAUGGGAGAACACACACAGGGGAAAAGCCCCAUGUUUGCACAGACUGUGGGCGAGGCUUCACUCGGAGGUCACAUCUCAUCACACAUCAGAGUACACACAUAAGGGAGAAUCCACAUGUUUCCAGGGAGUGUGGGCAAGACUUCAAUCAGAAGUCAAUUCUCAUCAGAUACCAAACAACACACACAGGCGAGAAGCCCCAUGUUUGCAAGGAAUGUGGGCGAGGCUUCAAUCAGAGGUCAAUCCUCAUCAGACACCAAGUAACACACACAGGAGAGAAGCCACAUGUUUGCAAGGAGUGUGGGCGAGGCUUCAGCUUGAAGUCACAUCUUAUCAGACACCAGAGGACACACACAGGGGAGAAGCCCUAUGUUUGCAGGGAGUGUGGGCGAGGCUUCAGUCGGAGGUCAGGUCUCAUCACACAUCGGAGGACACACACAGGGGAGAAGCCCCAUGUUUGCACAGACUGUGGGCGAGGCUUCAGUCGGAGGUGGGGUCUUAUCACACACCAGAGAACACACACAGGGGAGAAGCCUCAUGUUUGCACAGAUUGUGGGCGAGGUUUCUCUCGGAGGUCACAUCUCAUCACUCACAGGAGGACACACAGGGAAAAGCCCGGUGUUUGAAGCAAAGUUGAGUAAUUAACAGUAAAUUACAUCUCACCAUCCACAGAAAAAAAAAUGCAGCCACCUCAAAUUGCCUAACCUGAGAACGUGCCAGAGAAGUGUACUGAUAUCUAACUCCUUCCAUAUUUGCCCUGUGCACUAAUGAACUUUGUCUUUUAGUUAUGAUCUCUAGUAUUUUCUUUCUCCUUGAAAGCAGCACAGAAUAGAAUAGAUAGAAAACUAUUACCC